GGUGGGCGGAGCGCGGCUCUUCUAUCUUCUUUGUCAGCCUAGUCUGGCCCAGCCUUGCUCAUUCUGUGUGGUUCACGUCGUGGAGAGUCGCUGCGGAGUGGGCGCUCGGUUUUCGGGUCGCCAUGGCUGGUUACGAAUACGUGAGCCCGGAGCAGCUGGCUGGCUUUGAUAAGUACAAGUACAGUGCUGUAGAUACCAAUCCGCUUUCUCUGUAUGUCAUGCAUCCCUUUUGGAACACUAUAGUCAAGGUAUUUCCUACUUGGCUGGCUCCCAAUCUGAUAACUUUUUCUGGCUUUCUACUGGUUGUAUUUAAUUUUCUACUUAUGGCAUACUUUGAUCCUGACUUUUAUGCUUCAGCACCAGGUCACAACCAUGUACCUGAUUGGGUUUGGAUUGUAGUGGGCAUCCUCAACUUUAUAGCCUACACUCUAGAUGGUGUGGAUGGAAAACAAGCUCGUAGAACCAAUUCCAGCACUCCCUUAGGGGAACUUUUUGACCAUGGCCUAGAUAGUUGGUCAUGUGUUUACUUUGUUGUGACUGUGUAUUCCAUCUUUGGACGAGGAUCAACUGGUGUCAGUGUUUUUGUUCUUUAUCUCUUGCUAUGGGUAGUUUUGUUUUCUUUCAUCCUGUCCCACUGGGAAAAGUAUAACACAGGGAUUCUUUUCCUGCCAUGGGGAUAUGACAUUAGCCAGGUGACCAUUUCUUUUGUCUACAUAGUGACUGCGGUUGUGGGAGUUGAGGCCUGGUAUGAACCUUUCCUGUUUAAUUUCUUAUAUAGAGACCUAUUCACUGCAAUGAUUAUUGGUUGCGCAUUAUGUGUGACUCUUCCAAUGAGUUUAUUGAACUUUUUCAGAAGCUAUAAAAAUAACACCUUGAAACACAAUUCAGUCUAUGAAGCUAUGGUUCCCUUCUUUUCUCCAUGUUUGCUAUUCAUUUUGUCUACAGCAUGGAUCCUCUGGUCGCCUUCAGAUAUUUUAGAGAUACAUCCUAGAAUAUUUUACUUUAUGGUUGGAACAGCCUUUGCCAACAUCACAUGUCAGCUGAUUGUUUGUCAAAUGAGCAAUACUCGGUGUCCAACUUUGAAUUGGUUGCUGGCUCCUCUCUUCUUUGUUGUCGUGGGAGUAAACUCAGGAUUUGCUGCUUCCGUUGAGAAUGGGCUCCUGCAUACAUUAGCAGCUGCCUUUACUGUGGCCCACAUCCAUUAUGGAGUACGAGUGGUAAAGCAGCUAAGCAGCCAUUUUCAGAUUUAUCCCUUCUCUUUGAAGAAACCAAACUCAGAUUGACUAGGAAUGGAAGAAAAGAAUAUUGGCCUGUAAUCUACAGAAAGAAGUACUGUAAAUAUAGAUGCUUGUAAAUAUUUCAUCCAUCACCAUUGAACUAAACUGAUCUGCUUGACAGACAUGGGAUCUCAGUACAUGUGGUACUUGGACAGCAGGAAUGACACAUAUGAUCUGGACUUGUGGAAUUUUAGACCUACUAAGUUCCAGCUUUUUUUUUUCUUUUAUAAAACCACAUGACAUUUUGGUUAAGCACAAUGUACAUUAGACCAGCAAAAUGUUCCUAGUGAUUUUAGCUUCAUGAAUUCCUACAGAUUUAAAGAUACUUUGUUUUUAUUUUUAAAACUCCAAAAUUGGCUUAGGACCACUGAUAACACUCGGAAAACCCCAACAUGUUGGUUCUUUGUAACAGGAGGAAUACCAAUAGCCCAAAUCUAACAUAGGGAAAAGAUAAAAAGCAAAUCACCUUCAGCAAGAGGUGCCAAUGAUUAUGAAACAAUAUGUAAUUGCCAAAUACUGGUUGCUCUUUCCGGUGAGAAUGCCUUUUGUCCUUACAUGUUAAGAGAGCUACUGUAUAAUUGGAUUCUCUUGUAUUCUGCCUCUCUUUUUUGUGGAGCAGAUCCUGAUAAAUGGUUUAAUUUUCUUUUGAAGAGAAAUAUUCUGCUGAGACUUAGUGGAGAAUGAGUUGAGUUGUAAUUAUUGGGAUGGUUUAUUGUUUCGAUGUGGCAUUUUCCCCCCACUCAGCUGCAGGCUGCUGAAAUUUGGUGCCUGUGAGCUACAAUCCUAAGAAUGCUUGUGAUAGUCCCAAUCUUAGGAUAGUUACUUGUGAGUAAUGCAGAUAAAAGUACAUUAUAAGAGAAAUUUAAAUUGUCGUUAGGAAUCUCAUGAGCUUCACUAUGACCAUAAGUAGUUUUAUGAUUCAUUUGUCUGUCAGUCUUUUGUUCUUUUCCUCUCUGUCUUUUUAGGGGUUGGGUUACUGUGUUUUUUACUUCAUACAGGAUAUAGCAGAGAGAAAUCACCUCUCUCCCAACCUUCCCAUUUCUCCACUUGAAGAAAACUUUUGAUAUAUGCCUUACUGCGUACAUACUCCCUUCACUAUGACUUGGAGUAAUUUCUGAGGUUUACUGACAAACAUAGAAAAAUCCCUUUAUCUUUAAUGUGGUUGUUUUAUAAAUCACAUCUUUUUAUGACGUGGACAUUUUCUUCUAUUUCUUUUUGACUUUGUCUUCAUUUAAUUUGGUGGUGGUGAAAUUUACUUGCUGAUUUUCUUUUAUUUUUCACUAAGUGAAGUUUGUGCUUGAAUGAAGAGUGUAUCUUAAACCCUUUUUUUUGGACAGGUUGCACUUGGAUAAAAUAGGCACCACUGUGUUGAUAUGUAAUUAAAUUCAUAACCAUUAUUUAUCUAUGAAUGUGACCAUCGUUAAAUUUUGUGUAUUCCUUUGUUGAAUUUCAGUCUGCUGCUUUGUAAAAAAUAACUAAUUGAUAUAUCAUUUUUUUAAAGAAAAUUGUAAAUUCUAAUCAUUGUCAUUCAGGUUAUUAGAAAUGAGCCCAGGAGCUAGCUCAUGGUUCUGUACUAAUUUUUUAAAAAUUGUAAAGAUUGAGGUAUCUUUGAUGACUUUCUCUGAGACAAAAAUGAACAGUGAAAAUAAGUGAGAAAUUGAUGCAGGAAAAUGUGAAUAGUGUUUUCAUGUUUGUUAAUAAAUUGCCAUCAUGGGGUCAGAGAAUGAAACAAUUAAAUGACAGUAACUAUUUUUUAUAUACCUUGUUCUGUGUGAGCUGUAAAAUUGAACUGGAUAAAAUGUUAAUUUGGGAUGGGGAAAAAAGAUUUGCUUUAAGGUAAUUAUUUUACAGUUUUGUUGACCUUGUAUACAAGAAUGAGAUCAAUCUGUAUUAUAUAAGAAAAGAACUGAUAAAUAUUUAUAAAAUGACAAAUUUGAACCAUAGGCUUUCUUCACCUUGUAUAGUACAGUAAAAAAUAACCUUUACUUCUGGGAUUGAGGGGCUUUUUUACUUCAAAAUUUUUGCCCUCCUUUCAUUGCAUUAAGUUUAUCUGAAAAUUGUUUUGUGCCUAUACUUAAUAACAUAUUUCCCUAAGGUGGUAAGGAAUCAUGCCAUAGUCAGUGUUAUUGACAUUGUGAGAUAAAAGAAAGGUGACCACCAAUAAGGGAAGAGUGAAACUGAGCAGUUAACUGUUUCAGAAUACUGUUGACUUGAAAAGCAGUGGUGUGCUGCUGGAUCUCGUCCUUGUUUUAGCUUAGCAGCCUGAAAGCGCAUGUUGAAAGGUCCCAGUUACUGAAUGGAGCAGGAGGAGUAGCUCUGUGCAUUAUGUCAUGCCAAUUACUGUAACAUUCCCAAAGCAUAAAAGGCCUCUGUAUGAUAUUUUGGGUGAGUUUACACCCCAGCCUUUCUCCCCAGGAUACAUUGAGCUGCCUUUAGGGGAGCAAAGCUGUGGUCAGGGGCUUUCGUGCAUGUUUUCUGUACUUUCAGAAUAGGGUGCCUUAGCCAGGCCAGAGGUUUGCAUGGUGUUUCAGCUAACCAAAGUGAACACACACCUGUGAGAAGUGUCUUUCCAGGUUAUGGUUUGAAAAAUGUUCUUUCUGGCUUGUCAGAAAAUAAUUCCCCUAUAUUUGAGUGGGAGCAUGAGAUAGAAAGAUUUAAAAUACUUAGAGUAUGCUGAUGCUGCCUUUUGCCUUUAAUGAUAUUCAUGGUCUUAGUACAAUGUAUAGUUUGAAAUUGCCACAGUUCAAAGUUUCAUUCUUCCACAAAUGCAUAAUAUAGUAGUUUAUGGGUUUUAGCCUUAAGGGUAAAAGAGUAAAUAACUUCCAACAAACUAAAUAUUCUUCAUUUGCCUCUUAAUAUCAUGAUUAAAAUACUUUUAAUUUUAAUUUUGAAAAGAAAGCUAAUUGCUGAUUAUGGUCUAGGACAUUAUAAUGCUAAUAUUAACAUUUCAUUUAUUCUAAUAUAGAAAUUUGGAGAAAGAGGGGAGUAUAUGUCUGGAGUUACCCAGUCCUAAGUAGAUAGCAAGAGAGUAUUGAUUAUGACAUGAAGCCUGGACAUUGGGGAAAUUUAUAGAGGAAAUGCAUAGUAUCCACUUCAAAGGGAUGAGGGGACCACCUUAAUACCUUAUGAAUUUGAAAGUUACCCAAGGGUUCAGUUUCAAAGACUUGUUUUAUUAUGUAGUCAGUCAAAAAAAACAUUUGAAAGUACCUUGUUUCCAAAACAGACUUUAACUCUAUGACCUAUGGAGAAUAAAAAAAGACAAUCUGAAGGUAUUUUAAUCAAAUCAAAUCAAAUAUUUUCCCCUUUAUAUUUUAACUAGAAGCUUAUUUCUAAUUCUUCCUCUUCUUUCUUCACCUGAGUUUCCUCUUUUCUAGUCACCAACCAGGAGAAGGACAGCCUACCCAAGUGUUGCUCUGUUGCCCCUGGAUCUUGUCACAUUUACAUCUCCUUGAUUGCCUUAGAUAUCUUGACUAGUCAAGAACUGGGAAUGUGCCAGAGGGAACAAAGGAAAGUUGAUGGGUUGGAACUUUUUGACUUUGGGUUUCCCAAAAGCAAAAAACAGGUACUGGAAUCUUUGGUUGUAUUGAUGCCUGUGUGCCGAAUGGCCUUACCUUCAUUAAGCACUCUAUAGGAAGUUUGUGAAGUCAGCCCAGAAUUUUUUUUUGUCUCACAAGGUGUCUUUGCAAGGCAGCAUGCCUUUUUUUGAACACCCUGUGGGUGAAUAACCUUACUAAGUUAGCUGCCAGUAUAGAACCUUCCAGGAAGAAUUUUAACUAGUAUGCUAUGCUCGAAGCACUUUGAAAUGUACAUUUAAAAUAAUGGUUUUAAUAAUAAAAUAAUGUUGAGUUAAUCACUGUGGAACUUGAAAUUGUGAUGCCCUGACCAUUUUAGGAAGCUAAUGCAAGUUUCUGAUUUUCCUUUAUUAAUUAUGUACCCUAUGUGAUUUGUAUAUUUUAGUUUUUAUCUUUGACAAUGGUACAAAUGACUUGACAUCCUGGCAGGCAGUUACUUUAGGGUAUAUGAUAAAUUAUAGUUGUUUAACUUUUCCAGAGAAAAUGGUGAUACCCUUCUUACUUGCAUGGAGCCAUGGGAAUUGAAUUUGUUGGCUAAUUCAUUUCUAGUGUUUCUAUAAGCAAAAUAAAUGUAAUCUUUUUAACCUGCAUGCUAGUACUGCUUUACUCUUUAAUAAAUAAAUAGUAAUCUAGCUGUUUUUUUUUUGAAAGUAGGAAUCUGCUCUUUAUACAGUCAGAGCUAAAAAAGUGACUUAAUAUUUAAGGUAACAAAAGUUUUGUCAUUCAUAGCCCUCUCACGAGUAGCCUGAGCAAGAUGGUUAUGUUGCAUUUGGUCAGAAAGGCCAGGUUCUUACAAUUGGAAAGUGCUACAUGGCCUGAUGGUAGAAUAUUUGAAUAAGCGCUUUUCUUUCUAGAAAAAUCCAGUUGGAUACAACAGAAGGAUUGUUCUGGUCUUCCGCAGACCAUUGUCUUAUUCUAUAGGGAACCAUUCUCAAAAAGCCAGGCUAAAUCAGAGUAGAGCUGUUUUUGUAAAGCAUGCAUAGCCAAUCAUGGCCAUCGAGUAUACCUUACUGCUACAUCAGAAUUAGAUAGAAUACUCGUUUUGGCAGUGCAUAUACUAAAAGCUGAAAUUAGAGACAGUAUUGAAGACACCAACUAUUGCUAAAUGGUGUGGAUGUCAUCAUCUCUUUGUCUAAGAUCUUCUCUUGAGCAUUUUCAUGGGUAACAAUUAAAAUUAUUGAUUUCUGGUUUUUAUUAAAACACAUGAGUUCAUGUUCAUCAUGAAUUCUAGAGUCUGAUAUUCUUUUUUUUGGUAGAUCCCGAUAUUCUUGAUUAGCACUUUUUAAUAUCUAAAGAGUAGGUUCUUGAUUUUUAAUACUAAGCAGGUUACAGAAGGAUCCUCUUUUAGUUUGUAAGGUCUGUGAUUGCUACAUUCUAUAAAUUUGUUUCACUUACUAUUAUCAUUCAGUAUCAGACUUUGAGUUUAAUAAUAACUGCUAAUAGAGACUACUCACAAUAUUUAACUUUUUUUGGAGAUCACUUAACCUCAUUAUAGCAACCAUUUCAGGAGAAGUGUAAUGAUUUGCUCAUUUCAAAAUGUGCCAAGAAAGCAGAAUUCAGUAUUGAACUCCAAAUUUCAAUUUUUCUUAACAGUAGCAUAUUCUCUGGGUAAACGCAAAGGCAAUGAUAAUUGCCAAGGUACGAACUCCCUGCUGCCCACCUUUCCCCCUCCCCACCAUCUAGCGUAGUACAUUAAAUUUGUAGUCAGUUGUAGAAAGAGAAACAGAUACUUUUCUGACUAAAGUUUCAUGCCCUGUGACUAAGAAUAGGUGGCAGGAAUCAUGGCUGUAUCAAUUAUUGAGUUGUUUAGCUUGGUCCUGUUGCGGUUGGCUUUCAGUAGGGUUCUGAAACAAGAGGGCGGUGUCAUCCCUUCUCGGGUACCUAGAAACAACACCACUUGAACAACUAGAAGAUGUUCACUACAAGUAGAAUAUAUUAAAAGAGGAAGAUGAAAAAAGCAUAAAAUGUUCUUUUUCCUUCUCAAGUAGUUUAUUUGAACAUAUUAGUAAAUGGUCUAUCUAGGACUUGCUGUGUUCAUAGUAAACAAUGUAGCAUUUAUUUUAUCUGGUUAUAUGUGCUAUGUGUGUAUAUACAUAUUUUAUAUGUACACAUAUAUUCCCUGCAUAUGUAUGUAUAUUCUCAUAUGUAUGUGCAGUCUACUCUUGAUUAUCAGCAAAAUGGUCAACCCUUAUCUGACUUGUUUUUUCAUGUGGACUUAGUCUACCUGUGGCCCAUAACUCUGAAGCCUCUUCCUGGCCUGGAGCCACACCCUUUCCUUCUUCCAGUUCUUCUUAGUCCUUGAGAAAAAGUCCUUUAAAUAUGUCACUUUCCAUUCUCCUUAACCAGGGAUUGUGUGAGCCAGAAAGAUAAGAGUUCAGAAAGAUGGCUGCUCCCAUGAAGGUUGAGGCUUCGGCUUGAUGGGGGAGAACUCCAACACUUGCAGAAAGGGAGCUUCACAACUUGCUUAAAUGACUUAGCUGGAAUAUUGUGACCUCUCAAAUAAUGUGAUAUGCUAAUAGAGUAUGCCAGUGUAUUUCAGUGUUGUUUUUGCACUAUCUGUAUUACUGUUCCACAUUGCUAACCCAAAUAAUCAAGACCUGACUGUUUCUUGCCACUGGAUUCUGGAAGCCUUGCCCUUUCAACUGGAUUUGUGUUUAUUUCUGCUGCUGUGAAACCCAAAAGUAAUGCAGUAGGUUUUAAUUUAAAAUUGUUUAAUCUAUUAUUGAUAAGUAUUUAUUGUAACAAAAGUAAAAGAGUAAAUAAUUUUUAAAUCCUUUU